CAUGGACACCCGGAGGCUGAACUUCUGCCGUGGGAAGGUCAUCACGGACCCCCAGGGGAGGUACAGCUUCAUCACCAUCAUGCCGGGAAAGUACGGCUGGGGCUGGUACACCCGUCCUGCGCAUGUGCACUUCAGGGUGACCGCCCCAGGUCGGCGGACCCUGGUCACUCAGAUGUAUUUCUCCGGGGACAGCAGUCUGGGUGACCACGACCCAUGUGGGUUCUGUGGGUCGGAGAAUCCCAGCCAGGUGGCGGAGCCUCGCGCCCCUAGCGGUGACGAAGGGAGGUACACCGUGGGAGGGACGUCAUACACCAUCAGUGAGGUGGCGGAGUGGGACAUCGUUCUGAACUGAGAAAUUUAACUUGUAUUGCACUAACUAUAACGGGUUUGCAUGCAGGCCAUUUUAUGUGUCUCAUCUACAUAGAAAGAGAUGCCCGCCCAGUAAGCCUUGCGCCGAUUUUCUCGUGGUAUAAUUUCUGAACUAGAAUUACCAGACGCACUUACCUUUUCUAUAAUAUAUCUAGCUGCAUCAUAUGUGAACUAGAGUU